GAUCGAAUUUUUCCAACAUGAAAACUUUACUAAAACUGCAGAUUCUGAAAUCUUUCUGGAUACCCGGUCAGCCUCAGCGGUCAUUUCACAGACAUCACCGGGUCCUCAGCUCUCCCAUAUUUGCACAAUAUGAAGCCGUAAGCCGUGGAGAGCAACAGCUACCUGAGUAUUUUAACUUUGCAAGCGAUGUACUGGAUAAAUGGUCACAAAUGGAAAAGGAUGGAAAGAGAGCUUCCAAUCCAGCCCUGUGGUGGAUCAAUGGAAGAGGCGGAGAAGUGAGAUGGAACUUUGAGGAGCUGAGUAUCCUGUCCAAGAAAGUGGCCAAUAUACUCUCAGACCGUUGUGGCCUCCGUAGGGGAGACAGGAUUCUGGUUGUUCUUCCCCGGAUCCCGGAAUGGUGGUUGUUGACCGUGGCUUGCAUAAGGACAGGAAUCAUCCUUAUCCCCGGAAUAUCCCAGCUGACAGCUAAAGACAUUCAGUACCGACUUCAGGCUUCCAAGGCCAAAUGCGUCAUCACCACAGAUGCUUUAGCGCCUGCGGUGGAUGCCAUUGCAGACCAGUGUCGCUCCCUGCAAACUAAAAUGAUGGUAUCGUCGGAGGAAGGCAAGAGGGACGGGUGGCUGAGCUUCAAUGGACUGUUCAAAGAGGCACCUGCUGACCACACUUGUGUGAAAACAAAGCUGCAAGAUCCAAUGAUUAUUUACUUCACCAGUGGAACCUCAGGUGCUCCGAAAAUGGCGGAGCAUUCCCAAGGCAGCUUUGGCUUCAGGCCGAUCAUCAACAAAAGAUACUGGUUGGAUCUAACCCCGUCAGAUGUUAUGUGGUGCACUGUGGACACAGGCUGGGUGGUGGCUUCCCUGGGAUCUGUUUUUGGUCCGUGGGUUUCUGGGUCAUGCGUCUUUGUACAUAACCUGCCACAAGCAGAACCAACAACCAUCCCAAAUACUCUUUCCCGAUUUCCCAUCACCACCUUCCUGGCUAUUCCGACCGUGUUCCGCAUAUUGGUGAAGAACGACCUUGCCAGUUAUAAGUUCAUGAGCCUGAAACACUGCAUAAGUGGAGGGGAACCAGUGAAACCUGAAGUGAUGGAACAGUGGAAAAACAAGACAGGGCUGGACAUCUACGAAGUGUAUGGACAGACAGAAACAGGUAUCAUUUGUUCGGUUCUCAAAGGGAUGAAGGUGAUUCCCGGUUCAAUGGGGAAGGCGUCUCCACCGUACGACGUUCAGAUCAUAGAUGAAGAAACAAACGUUCUGCCUCCUGGACAAGAAGGAGAAAUAGCAAUCAGAGUGAAGCCCAAAAGACCACUUGGCCUGUUCUCUCGCUACAUAGAUAACCCAGGGAAAACAGCUGCAACAGAACGAGGGGAUUUUUACGUGACUGGGGACCAAGGAGUGAUGGAUAAAGAAGGAUACAUUUGGUUUAUUGGAAGAGAAGAUGAUAUCAUCAAUUCUUCAGGGUAUCGCAUCGGACCUUUUGAUGUAGAAAGUGUACUUUUAGAACAUCCAGCAGUUGCAGAAGCCGCUGUGGUCAGCAGUCCAGACCCACUCAGAAAAGAGGUGGUGAAGGCAUUUGUGGUCUUGUCUCCAGACUAUGCAUUACAAAACAAAGAAAAAUUAACCCUUGAGCUGCAGGAAUAUGUCAAGAAAGUGACUGCUCCAUACAAAUACCCAAGGAAGAUGGAGUUUGUCCAAGAGCUACCAAAGACAGCCAUAGGGAAAAUCAAAAGGAAUGUCUUGAGGGACAGAGAAUGGGGAUGGAUCUAACACGAUAAGGGAAUCUGCAUGACCGCCAGCUUCUUCAACUCCAUGGACAUCCUUCAAGGGCUGCUGAGAUCAGGAUGACAUAUUUCUUGGUUGGACUUUAAACAUUCAGAUUAAAGCUGGUGGAGAUUAUACAUUAAAAGGAAGGACAGAGGGCCAUGAGUUUGAUAUAUACUGAAUAGGAAUCAGGACGUGAAC